CACAAACCAUUCUCUUCACUAUAGAACCAUCAACAAGGCCUGCUGUCAGCCCUAAAUUAACUAAAAAUCAGGUCAAGUCUACAGGCAGCACCGGAGUUACCGUCUAGCAGGUUGCUACUAGAAACAAUAGAUCGACUAGCAGUUCAGCCGAGGUUUAUGCCCAUAGGAACAGGUUCAUCAAAACAAACCUGAACAUGAGCAAAGUAGAUUUGACCAGAUUCCUCCUGAAGCCACUGCGACAAGGCUGGCUAGAAGCAUUCGGUAUAGUCCUCCUUUACGUGCAACACCGUCUCGCUACUGAAGAACCUUUCACAGCCCCAGUCGAGGAUUUCUUUCCAGUUUUGAAACAGGCUACCAAGGAAACUAUUGCAAGUGAGCUAGGACUCCAUAAGCGCAGAAUUGACCUUAUUGGAGUCAGCGCAGAUGCUACGCUGGCGCUCACCGCGACAUUCGGGGCUGGGGACGAAGGACUAGUUCCGUCGGCUUGGAGACUUAUUAUAGUGAUACUGUGAUCUACCCGAUGUUGGACCCAGAUACGGAUUGGCAAGAUCGCACAGCUGCAGUUGAUAAGACGACCGUAGAGAUAGGAAAAGAAAAGAAA